AUGUCGGACGAGGAAAACCAGUGGAAAGACCGCUCAACGCCUCACUGGCACCUAUACCAGCGCCAAAACCUCAUCAACGCCGCGAACGGCCAACUUCCGCCUUUCAACACCGACCCCACAAAGCUCGAGCGCGAAGCCCGCGCCAAACUCUCCCAAAACGGCUGGUUCUACGCCUCCUCCAACGCCGGCCAAUCCCACACGCACCACGCCAACCGGGCCGCCUUCGCGCGCCACCGCAUCCUGCCGCGCACCCUGGUCGGCACGAACCGGCGCGAGACGCGCACCGAGAUCUUUGGGAGGAGCAUCCCGGCGCCGAUAUGCUUUGCGCCCAUCGGCAUCAACGAGAUCUACCAUGCGCAGGCGGAGCUGGCGGUUGCGCGGGUGGCGGGCAGGUUGGGGCUGCCGUAUUGCCUGAGUACGGCGGGGAGCAGGCCGGUUGAGAGUGUGGGCGAGGCGAAUGGAGAGGAGGGGGUCAGGUGGUUUCAGCUGUAUAUGCCGCAUGAUGACGAGUUGACGAUGAGUCUGUUGAAGAGGGCGUGGGGUGCGGGGUUCGAUGUGCUUAUACUCACUACUGAUACCUGGCAGUUGGGCUGGCGGCAUGACGAUAUUGCGACGGGGAAUUAUGCGUUUUAUCAUGGCCGUGGAGCCUCCUUGGGGUUUACAGACCCAGUAUUCCAGCGUCGCCUGAAGGAGGCCGGCAUAGACCCUGAAACAGACCCCAAGGCCGCCGCCCAGAAGUGGAUCGACACAAUCUGGCACGGCCGUUCGCACAACUGGGAGAAAGUCAAGUGGGUCCUGCAGCAAUGGAAGACGCUCACCAACGGCAAGCCAUUCGUGAUCAAAGGCAUCCAGGACGCCCGCGACGCCGAGAUGGCGGUGGAAGUGGGCUGCGACGGCGUUGUCGUGUCGAACCAUGCUGGGAGACAGAUCGAUGGCGCUGUUGCAAGCCUGGAUGCGCUGGAGGGGGUUGUCGCUGCGGUGGGCGGCAGGACGACGGUGCUAUUUGAUUCGGGGGUACGCUCGGGGAGCGAUGUGUUUAAGGCGCUGGCGCUGGGGGCGAAGGCGGUGCUAGUGGGGAGGUUGUGGGUGUGGGGGUUGUCGAUACAGGGGGAGGUGGGGGUGGAGCAUGUGAUGAGGAGUUUGCUGGCGGAGUUUGAUUUGACGAUGGAGUUGGCGGGGUGUAAUAGGAUUGAGGAUAUUCGGAGGGAUCGUGUGAGGACGGUGGAGGAGAUGGACGGGAAACAAAAAGCGAAGUUGUAG